CGACGGUCUUUGCGUCCGCCGCUUAGGUUAAAGCUGGCGAAAAUGUAGAAAAUAUUGGAUAUUUUUUAAGUGCAUUUUUUAAGACGAACGUGUAUUGAUUUGGCCCAAAGGCUUGGCCCGGCGAAUAUACGGACUAUACAUGGUUUAUAGGGAUCUUACGUGGUUUCUAUUGGUUCACUGAGUCAUAAAAGACAUAGGGACACAUUUUUUAUUGGAAUUUUCCAAAUGACUGAACAUUUACAUACGCGUCUCCAAAUUUUGAGAAAAGGUCAUCGAAAGUUUAAAGUGUUUUUGUUAUGAACGCAAUGAAUUAUAGGUGUGUGCAGUGUUUGGUGAAAUGUUACAAAAUUUAAAAUCUAGAAAUAUGAAGUUAUUAAAAAGUUUCUAAAAAGACUGCAAGUAAUAUCGAUUUUUUUUCUGUUUUCAAGUUCUUUUUUGUGCGUUUCGUAAUGAUAUAUCGUGAAUUUAUGGUGUAAAUAGAAGAACAUAAGAAUAACAUUUGUUUGUUUCCAAAACAUAACCAAGAAAUAGUGAAAAUGUUGCCUCAACAAUAUUGUUUGAGAUGGAGAUACCAUCAUUCGAAUUUACAGACUAUGUUUUCUCAGCUUUUAGAACGCGAAGCAUUCUGUGAUGUUACUUUAGCUUGUGAAGGAAGAACAAUAAAAGCUCAUAAGAUUGUUUUAUCAGCAUGUAGUACAUAUUUUGAAACUAUACUAUCCCAAUAUGAAGAAAAGGACCCUAUACUUAUCAUGAAAGAUGUAAAAUACGUAGAUAUUAAAUGCUUAGUAGAGUUUAUGUACAAAGGAGAGAUAAAUGUCGAACAUUGUCAUCUUGCUACACUAUUGAAAACUGCAGAGGAACUGAGAAUAAAAGGUUUGGCUGAAGUGUCUUGGCGAGAUGAGGAACAAUCAAGUAACACAGAUGCAAAUUCGAAUGGUGUACAAACAGCAAUACCUCAAGUCCAAACAGUUAUGCCAAACAGUCCCACUCCUUCGACGAAGAAAAAAAGAGGUCGACCGCCUAUAGAUGAUUACGAUCAGACAUUCACAACACCAAAAAUCAUGACAGUGUCUGGCGCAACCCAAGAUGAUGCUUACUCAAACGAUGCAAUGUCUAGCAGCGAACAUGACUUGAAUAUAUGGGACGAGGACCAAUCAGCUAAUGAAGGGGCAGAAAAUACUGAAACUGAGGAACCUCCAUUGAAAGUUAAAAAAGAAUCCAACGAUGAUGAGGACGCAGUUCUUGACGAACAAAGCAACACCUCAUUUUCCGCAAACGAUACGAAAGACAAAUCCCUUUUAAAUCUACAGCUAAAAGGCGCCGGUACUAAUGCCGCCAAUGCAAACGUUACCACAUCUGGAAAUCAGUCGUUCCUCACGCCCGCCCUGGAAAAAGAAUGGCCGGACGUAAUUAAAAUGAACGAUUACCUGAAUACCGGUAGGAGGCAACAAUUUUGGGAGGAACCUUUUACAAAAAGGGUAAUGGACGCUAUAAAGACUAAAAAUCUCGAAAUGAAAGUCGCCGCUGAACUGUUGGGAGUUUCUUAUGGUACGCUAUAUGGACGAUAUAGAGACUCUUAUGGUUGUUUGAAACACCCGUACAGAGUUCGCGACUUUUGGACUGAACAGGGCCCCACCGACGUUUUACUAAAAUUAAAGCGCAAGGAAAUUACAUUAUUCCGAGCAGCGGAACAGUUAAAUGUCACACCCCAGACUCUCUCCAACUACCUGAUAUCCAUGUCGCAAUUAGAUACGUCCGAUAUGAACUCGAGUCGACAAUCAAACGCCGGAGAAUCCUACGAUGAUUCAGACGACGAGGCCGAUUCCAUUUUGCCAGACACCCCUUCCAAUAACACGAACGUGUUUAAAAGCUUAGUACAUACUAGUUCACCUAGUGGUACUUCUUCGUCACUAGCAAAUUGUCCGGACAUUACCAUCGUCAAAAAGGAAAAACUGGACGGCGUUGGCAAAGUCAACAAUAACUCAGAUCAUUCCGAGAGCAGUAGCGAUCAAGGCAAAUGAAAAACAGUUUCGUUUGUUUACUGAAAAAAUAUUCCCA